GGCCGGACCGGGCCGGGCCGGGACAGGGGCGGCGGCGACGGCGGGCCGGGUCCCGGGAUGGCGAUGUUCCGCAGCCUGGUGGCCUCGGCUCAGCAGCGACAGCCGCCGGGCGGGCCCGCGGGCGGCGACAGCGGCCUGGAGGCUCAGUACAGCUGCCCCAUCUGCCUGGAGGUCUACCACCGGCCCGUGGCCAUCGGCAGCUGCGGCCACACGUUCUGCGGGCAGUGCCUCCAGCCGUGCCUGCAGGUGCCGUCCCCCCUGUGCCCGCUGUGUCGCCUGCCCUUCGACCCCAAGAAGGUGGACAAGGCCACCCACGUGGAGAAGCAGCUCUCGUCCUACAAGGCGCCCUGCCGGGGCUGCAGUAAGAAGGUACCGCCGGCCUCCCGGCCGGGAGGGGCUCCGACAGGGCUGCGCAGGGGAGCUGGGUGGGGGCCGCCCUCUCCUGUUGAGCCGCCCGCUCUGCACCCGCUCCCCGUGGGCCCCGCACACGGCCUGGGCUCUGGGCUGAGCGGAGCCCACCCUGGACACAGCCUCGACACCCCAGUGACCCUCACCAGGCGGGCGGUGACUGCCGCGGGGCCCGGCCCGCCUGUCCCUCCGGCGCCUGAGCCCACCCACCGCUGCCCCCGGCAGGCGCACCGCCUCGCGGGGCACUCAGCGCAGGAACGGAGUUUGAACGUGACACUGGCCAAGAUGAGGGUGCACGUCUCCUCCUGCGUGAAGGUCCAGGAGCAGAUGGCCAACUGUCCCAAGUUUGUCCCCGUGGUGCCCACGUCCCAGCCCAUCCCCAGCGCUGUCCCCAACAGGUCCACCUUCGCCUGUCCUUACUGCGGCGCCCGCAACCUGGACCAGCAGGAGCUGCUGAAGCACUGCGUGCACAACCACCGCAGCGACCCCAGCCGCGUGGUGUGUCCCAUCUGCUCGGCCAUGCCCUGGGGCGACCCCAGCUACAAGAGCGCCAACUUCCUGCAGCACCUGCUCCACCGACACAAGUUCUCCUAUGACACCUUCGUGGACUACAGCAUCGACGAGGAGGCCGCCUUCCAGGCUGCCCUGGCCCUGUCCCUCUCCGAGAACUGAAGGCGUGGCCACCGGCCCCGCCCUCUCACCGGAGGGACAGGCCCCGCCAGCUCCCGCAGCCCAGGCCUGCCCAGGAAGGCGCCUCGAGGGCCGGCGGAGCCUCGUCGCUGCAGGAGGGGAGGCCGCGUCCCUGCCCCCCGGGCUCCUGCCGAGUGUCACCGGCUCUUCGGUGCUCCGGGCCGAGCCGUCGGCCUCGCCGCUGGGACGGAGUGUGGCCGCUGUCUGUGCUUCAAAGCCAUGAUGUGCUCCCUGCACAGAGGAGCCUUCAGGCCCCGGCACUGAGCAGGGGAGCACGGGGGGGCCCCGGCCCGGCACCCCGCCAGGCUUCCCCUUCGCGCUCGGUGCUGGCUUCUGGGACCCUAGGGGUUCCGCACUCCUCUGCGUUGCCCGCGUGAUGACCUUUUCACGCUUUCUGCAGCAAAGACAGGGCAGCCGCCUUCCUACUGCAGCAUCUGCGUUGGGCUAGGACCAACAGUAUUUUUAUGGAACAUUUACAAAAUUAUAUUUUUUAAAAAAACAAUAAAAAAUAAACGGUUGUGGGCUCGGUGGAUGGAAGAGAGGAGAGACGGGGCAAUAGCUGUGCGCGGGGACCGAGGUGGCCACGUCCCCAGGGUCCUUGUGGCUGCUCUGUCCGUGUCCCUGAAGUAACAACAGGAAGAAAUCCCAACGCCCGGCCCCGCGCGGCGGCGGGGUCUGCUCCUGGCCUCUCGCCCGGGUCCUGGCCUCGCCCCGCGGUCACCGUUCCAAAGCUGACCACCUCCCACCCCAGGCAGGGCCGCCCCCAGCGGGGGCAGAGCGCGGGGCCUGGGCAGCGGCCGGCAGGCCAGAAGGUGCCCGUCAGCACGCGUUUGGUUCGUGGCAUAGGUUAUUGCUGUCUUAUAAAAAAAAUUUAAAUAAAACAUUUCAA